AUGAUGCUGUCUCAAAACCUCAGAAGCUUGGCGCUGAAGGGACUUCAUUAUUUUCAAACCUAUGAUUGGCUUAUGCUGAUGACUGUAGUUACUCUUGGGUACGUUGGUAUAUCUGUUUGGAUGUCUGUUGAUGGGAGCGAUAUCUAUUUUAUUAUUCAUGGAACACUCUCCUCCCCUGUACCAUGCAUAUUUUUCCAUGACAGUGUUUCUGUGGACCCAGAUAGUAGGAUUGCGAGUGGAGCUAUUAUUGUCAUUGUAGGAGCAGCUGCAAGGUGGUUAGAUCAGCAUUCUGAAGGGAAUAAGUAUUGGCUGCGCAUCUGCUGCCACAAACUGGAGAAACCCAGUUCCCCAGUUCUAUUUUGCUUGCAGGCUCUUUUGAUUGGAUUAUCAUCAGUGAUGGUGGCACUAUCAACAUCUCACAGAACAGAGAAGCAAGAAUUGCAUGCUGUACACCAGUUAAUAAAUUGGUCUAUUGCCGGUUUCUCAAUGGUUCUCCCACUUUUCUCAGAGAAGAGCCUCUUGUCACGGCUGAAUUCUAUAUUUCUUGGUUUUGCACCCACAUUCCUACUUCUAUCUAUUGGAUAUGAAGCUGUCUUUUAUGGUGCACUAGCUCUUGUGCUUAUGGCAUGGAUACUAUUUGAGAAUACAAUUCUCCAUUUGACGAAGGUCAAAAAAUUGUCAGCUUCCUUGAAAAACACCAGAGAAAAAGCCAUGCUUGAAAAUGAUGUUCGAUACUUGCAGCUUUCUGACGUGAGAAUUCCGCUAAUUUUUGCAAAAAAAUUGUAUGUGGAUGACACUAAGAAGAAAAGAAGAGUAGAGGUCAGAAAUACAGGAAGCUGGAUGGAAAUUGGUAACAGCAUCAGCCAUUUUGGGAUUGUGAGUGCCCAAGUUGUGUUUGUGCUGUUACUUUUUGCACUCACAAAUACAUACACAAAAGACAUCCGAAUUGGAUCAUCUGGCUCUUUGUCUCAGAAAGCCGCUUAA